UUCUGCGCUUCACCAACAACUACCAAAGCAUACUACACGUUCUAAAACGUGAAAAGUCGCAGAAAUGUUGAUUCUUACAGAGACUGCGGCCGGUUAUGCCGUUUUUAAGGCAAAAGAUAAAUUGUUAAAGAAACGUGAAGCCUUAGUCGAUGACUUAAAAACAGCUGAAGGUGCUUCAAAUCUCUUAAAGUUGCAAUCGUUCGCAAAAUUUGAAAGUACCGUGGAUGCCCUCGAUAAUGUUUCAGCCCUUAUUGAGGGUAAGGUUUCUCCUAAGCUAUCAUCUCUUUUGAAAGACUUAUCCGAGAAAAAAAGUAAUAUGCUUGUUGUUGCUGAUCCCAAGCUCGGUAAUGCCAUCAACAAAUUGCCCGGCCUUGAGUUCGAGGUUAUGUCCGACUCUUCCGUUCAGGACUUAUACCGUGGUAUUCGUGAACAUUUGUCAUCUUUGAUUGCUGGCUUGGCACCCACUGAUCUCAAUGCUAUGUCUUUGGGUCUUUCUCACUCGCUUUCUCGCCAUAAGCUUAAGUUCUCUCCCGACAAGGUCGACACAAUGAUUGUUCAGGCAAUUGCUCUUCUUGACGAUCUCGACAAAGAGUUAAACACAUACGCUAUGCGUGUUCGCGAGUGGUAUGGUUGGCAUUUCCCUGAAAUGGGCAAGAUUGUUCAAGAUCAUUUGGCAUAUGCCCGCGUUAUCAAAACUAUGGGUAUGCGCACCAACUGCUCUUCUACGGACUUCAGCGAUGUUCUUCCUGAGGAAGUCGAAGCCACUUUAAAGAGUGCAGCUGAGAUUUCUAUGGGCACUGAAAUUACCGAAGAGGAUUUAGAGAACAUUUCUAUCUUGGCCGAGCAAGUUCUUGAAUUAGCUGCUUACAGAGCUCAGUUGUCCGAGUAUCUCCGUAACAGAAUGCACGCCAUUGCUCCCAAUUUGACUGCUCUUGUCGGUGAACUUGUUGGUGCUCGUUUGAUUGCUCAUGCUGGCUCUUUGAUGAACUUGGCAAAGCAGCCUGCCUCCACUCUACAAAUUCUGGGUGCUGAAAAGGCUCUUUUCCGUGCUUUAAAAACCAAGCACAGCACUCCUAAAUACGGUUUGAUCUAUCACGCCAGCUUGGUUGGUCAAGCUAAUUCCAAAAACAAGGGUAAAGUUGCUAGAGUGUUGGCUACCAAAGCUGCAUUGUCCCUUCGUGUUGAUGCUUUGACUGACAAGAAUACUGUUGAUGGUAAUGUCGGCUUGGAGAAUCGCAUCCGCGUUGAAAACCGUCUUCGUUCCCUUGAAGGUGGUAAAUUAUUGCCUUUACCCACUACCUCAGUUCAGCAACAGAAGCAUGAAAUCAGUGGUGAAGCCGCGUACAAUCCUGCCACUGAUACUAUCGUUACUGCCGACGAUGACGAUAAGAAGAACGAGAGUGAAAGUGAGGAAGAGAAGUCUAAGGACAAAGAUUCCAAAAAGAAAAAGAAAAAGUCUUCCAAGAGUAAAGAUGUUGAUGAAUCAUCAGAUAGCAAAAAGGAAAAGAAAAAGAAGAGAAAAUCUGAAGAUGGAGAACAAGUUUCUGAUGAGAAAAAGAAGAAAAAGUCUAAGAAAUCCAAGUCUUAAAUUGACGAAGUUUUUCUUGAAUCUUCAAGGAAUUCUCCUUCAAAGCUUUUCCCUUUUAUUAUAUAUGCAAACAUUCAUAUACUAAUGGGAUCAAUUGUAUGGAUGUUUCGAAAUUGGGAAAUUUUGGUUUUGUCAUGCACCUUAAUUAAAAGAUGUUGGAUUUUAUUGUCGAUUUCUCCCUAUUUAAACAGUUUCUUGGAUAUUAUCUUCGUUUAUUUUUUGCGUCCUAGGUUUAUAAAUAAUUUUUGUUGUUUACCAAAAGUAGGAUUGAAUGCCUUCGGGUGUAUUAGGAACAGUAACACGAUAUAAAAUAUAAUUCAUCAUUAGACUAAGACUUGUACAUCGGACGUUAUGUUGAACGUUUGAAUAAAUUAGAAUAUUUGAUUUGCAAUGGAAUAAGCGGAUAAAGGCAAGCUGUUACUGGAUAUAGUUUUUGAAACAAUGUAGGAA